AUGGAUAAAGGAUUUACUUUUGAUGAUGCUCGUCUCGCUUUUGAAAGAGAUAACACUACGGUUAAUCCGCUAACCACUAAUAAAACGGAGGAACAUGCCGUAUUGACUCAUUAUGGUUUAAGCCUCUAUUUCCACCGGGAGCUUGACCGGGCCCGGGCCAUGCGGCAUACCGAAGAUAAUUUAGCGGAAUUGCGAAGAAUGAUUAACCUUUUAAACACUUUUGCCACUGCCGAAGCGG